ACAUAAUGGAUGGAUAUUUUUUUCCCUAACAAAAUCAAUGGCUUUCAAGUAGUAAUUGUGACCACACGCGACGGAAACAUAUAACUAGACCAGUUUCAGUUCCCUUUGCUUUUCUUGUUAUUGACGACCUAAAUUUUAGCGAGUCUGAACAAGUAUUGCGGAACGUUAGAGAAGAGAAACACAAUUUCAUUGAACAUCUUCAAAUUUUAACGAUCUCAGCAUUUGGGACACAGGCACGUGUACGUUAUAAGAAUGAUGAUUCCGAGUCCUCUUUCUUUUUUUCCUUCUCGUUUUUUUUCCUCUCCUCAAUCCUCAUUUUCCCUUACCCAAAAAGAACGAAGCUGACAGCUUUAAGGUCACAGGAAAAUGGCAACCAGCGACAGCAUUGAUGUGGUUCGAGAGGAGUCAAAAUUCCCACAUGCAGACGUUGACGGGACAUUGAAUCCUGAGAGUAACAAUCACGUUCAAGUUGAUCCCAUAUCAUCCGAGGUUGCUUUAUCUAAAGAAAAUAAGGAACAAGCUGAGAUCAAAGAGAAGAAAAGGCAAAACGAAAAGGAAGACACCUUGCGCAGAAUAAAAUCUGCCAUUAUAAUUUCAGGCACAGUCGUGGCUGUAGCAGGAGCUGUCUGUGCCAUAACCAAGAAAUUAAGAGAGAAAUAGCCUCCCCCUAAUCACCAUGGAAGAGCCAUAGGAAACAACUUGCUUAUGGAUUGGCUUUGCUGUCACUUCUCUUUCUCAUUGAUGGAUUAGCUCGCAAACUUAGGGUUCUUAAAUAAAUCCUUAUGUGUAAUGAUCAUAUUGGUAUUUUUCUGGGCAAGCUCCGAUGAUGUCCUGAAAGAAAACUGCACG